ACCAAAGCUUGUGAUCACCCCUCCAAAUAAACUAGUGGGUCGUUCCGCUGAGAGGGGAGAGAGGUUCCUGUAGCUUCUCUGGAUUUGCCGUGACGCGUAGUGCAGCUGAUGUCUGCGAGCCCACUGAGGCGAACGGGAACCAGCUGAGGUGUCCACACAAAAGGAAUAGCUGUCCGAAUUUACUCCUCACGAUAAAGAAGCACUAUGGAUGAAGAGGAGCAGUUUGUGAACAUCGAUCUGAACGAUGACAAUAUCUGCAGUGUCUGCAAGCUAGAGACGGAAACAGGGACCUUAUCUUUCUGCCAUGUCUGUUUUGAACUCAGCAUUGAAGGUGUUUCCUCUGCUACCUUGUUACAUUCAAAGUCCCUGCGUGGCCACAGAGACUGCUUUGAGAAAUGUCAUCUCAUUGCCAACCAGAAGCUGUCACGUUCCAAGGUCUCCAGAAGUGCCUACGAGGGCAUGAAGCUGGUUCUCAGCCAGAAACUGAACCGCAUUAUCCAGUACGCCCAGAACAAAGACUCUGUCUCCUCUAACGGCCACAGCAGACGGGGGACCAAGCUUCUUUGUUACAACCAGCAGAGUGACUGUAAGCUGCUGCCCCAGUCAGAUGCCCAGGUUCCCCGCUACACGCCCCACUGGGACAUGGGCAAAGCAGCAGGGCUGCCUGAUUACACCAUGGGGAUGCUGGAGUGCCACACAGCGGAGGAGCUUGGGCUGCUGCAGGAGUCACAGUCUGACGUUUGGCCAAGUGACGGCAGGACAGGACUACACGACCGGAGCCAGUCGUCAGGAGGACAGACACAGCACAGGCUCCAGGGCCACAGUAGAGAUGAAUUGACUAAAAUGAGUCUGGAUGAACUCCAUCAGCUGAAUUCCCAGCUACUCAUACAGAUUCAAAAGGUGUUUGAGGAGCUGACCGUGGCCGUGCAGGAAAAAGACUCGUUGGCCUCAGAGCUGCAUGUGCGUCACAUUGCUAUCGAGCAGCUCUUUAAGAACUGUGCCAAACUGCCCUGGCUGCACAUUAGCAGGGCCGGGGUCAAGGCCAGCAGCAACAGCAGCAGCAGCCCUGUGGAGUGACGUGCAACUUUUGGGGGCUUCGGGCUCUGCUGCUGGGAGGAAGCUGACAAACACUUGAGCAUGCUGGCUGCAGUGAGGCUGAAAAUGCCUUUAUGUAUACUGAGUGACUUCUACGACACUAUGGUGACACUGAGCUGUUAGCUCUGCAUUAGAGCAGCAUUAAGGGCUGGGUUGACAUGUCCUCCGUUCUCAUGGUUGCAGUGAUGAUACAAGGAUUGAUGGUGGUGUGCAGUUUAAAACAAGUUGCUGGUCUGACAUGUGACCUGAAUGCCACCCAAACCAAGAGCCCAGGCUACACGUUAAUACUAGGUGGGGCUUAGAGAGUCCUGGCUCCAGUACAAGACGAGGACAUUUCCUUACUGGACGUGGUCCUUAAAGAAUACCUUUUAAGUUGGAUCUUAAUACAGACUGGAAAACAGUUUGUCUAAAUAAUUUUAAAUAGACAGUUUGUGUUGGUUUUAUUUGCUUUAGUUUGCUGUCAGCCAUUUUGUUUCCAUUGUUGUUUUUCAUUUUCUGUGAUGGUUUUUAUUCUGAUUAUGUCAAACGUGGAUGUUCAAAUAUGGGUUUUAGCACUGCUUAAUACUCCUCCGUAUGUUAUCUCAUGCUGUUUUUGUAGAAAGUGGUUAGCCAGUCAGAAGUGAGUUACAGUAUUUUAUCACAUGGGUGAAUACUUGAUGCAGAUUAUUUGGAUGUUUUCCAUCAUAUUCCUAUCAUUUGGCACUGUUAGCAGUAGUGUUUGAUCACUGUUCUUAUGUAAAGCUCCAACAAGGGUUAAGCUUCUUCAUGCAGCUGCACACUGGUAAUAUAAUGGCUUGAGUUUUUGAGUUGCCUUCCAACUGCCAAUGUUGACAUAGCAGUUUGUGAAAACAGUGUUGGCAGUUUCACAGAUAGAUUCAGCAGUAGUGGGCUACAUUGCUACACUAACGCAGAUGUGCAGCAUUUCUUUUGAAUAACAAAAAAAUUGAAGACAUUGAAAAAUUAUGACCAAAAAAAAUUGUAGCCUACUGGAAUCAAGUAUAAUUUGGAAAAGAGCAUGAGCAAGUGCAAGACAGCACCCAGAGGUAACCUAAAGCAUCACUGCAACAAAGACAAAUCAGAGAGUGAAAUUAACAAGGCUGUACGAGCCGUGCAGGUUUUUCUUUGUGGGAGUUGUGUCCAUGAACUUAUACUUUGUAACAGCUGGUUGGGAACCAGCUAGUGGAAAUAUCAGUUAGCAUACUCUCUCCAGAGCUUGAAGAUAACAGGUGUUUUGUUUUGAACGUUUGGGUUUAUAUUGACUAUUACUGCAGGUGAGAUUUAGAUGAUUUUUAGUACAGAGCUGCUUGUUGUCUGUGGUAUAGCUGUAAAGCACAAGUCAUAUGUAUGGCUAUACUCUGAAUGAGCGUUAUUGGAAGAAGAAACGAUUGAAAGAGAUACCCAGCUGCCAAACCAAAGUCUGCGUUUGUUCUGUGUUUCACAUGUGAAUUGCACGCAUUUGACUUAGAUUACAUGAACAGAGGAAGAUGCAAUACCAAACGGAUUUAAAAAUGUGGCUUAGCGAUUUACUUCUGUGUGUGGCUCAGUGAGUGUAAUGAUGAACCAUAGAUUUUUACUCUAAAGAUGUUUGUGUGGAAAUGAUUUGUUCUCAUGUACACAGUGUGUGUUUUAUGCUUUAUUUUACUCAUCUUUUUAAAGUUUUUUUAUGUUCAGUGUUAAGUUUUUUUUUGCCCUCUCUCCUGCAGUGAAGCGUGAGAGUCUGUGUUGAUGUCACAGCAAUACAAACAGGACAGUUAGGUCUACUGUGCCUCUGAAGUCCCUGAUUUUUAAACAAAAGGACACAAAGAAGGACGUGGGGAUGGUAUUAACAGUCUGUAGUCUGUGGUUAGUUAAUUAUUCAGGAACCCUAUGCAA